AUGGAAGGAAAAUGUCAGGAAAAAGAGGCGUUCAUUAUGGAAGCUAGUGUCUUGCUGCGAAUGGACGGCUAUGAAAACUACAAACAAAGAGAUAACAAAAUGGUCCAGGCUUGUUCACAUGCAGCACUCUUUUGUUGCGUCUUUCACAUCGGCAGCUUCGAGUUGUAUCUGCAUCCUACGUCCCUGUUUCCUAUAGCUAAUUCCAAACGAAACUUAACCCACCUUAACGCUCAUCAUCGUAUUACCCACUUUACUACUCUCAUCACCGUCACAACAAUCCAAGAAAACUCGGGUUUAUCACUUUUCACUCACGUUAAAUGCGAGUCAACAAAAUUAAAUUUCCACCGGUUUCCUAUUCGCCUUCCUCAUCCCCUACUAGACACAAAGCCUCUUGGUCAACCUGAUAUAGACGGUGAAAGCGAAAAAAGCGAACCUAGAUCCACGUGGACAAUCUUAUCCUUUUCCUUAAUUUUACCUUUUGUUCCUCCCCAUAAAUCCUCCUCCUUUUCCUCCUCAUUUAUUCAUCUUCAUCUUUACCAAAUUCUGAAUCUCACUCUCUGCAAAUCCAAAAUCUCAGUUUUAAUGGCGACAUCUGCAAUUUCAUUCCGUCCAGUAAUCAAAGCUUCUUCAUUAGGCAAUGGAAAAGCUGAUUUGAGCAAACAAAGGACUCAAGCUUCUCCACCUUCAUCAGCUAAUUGGUGGACACCAAUUUUUGGUUGGAAACAAGAAACUGAUUAUAUCGAGAAUUCCUCAUCAUCAAAACCUUCUGGUUCUGGAUCUGCUAAUAAAUUCAUGCCUGGUUGUUUUACUGAAGAGAAAGCUAAACAACUUCGUAUCAAAGCAAUGGAAUCUGCUAAUUUUCAUGAUAUUAUGUAUCAUUCUGCUAUUGCUUCUCGUCUUGCUUCUGAUGUUCCCAUCCGUAAUGAUCUCUAGCUUUACGUUCCUCUCCAAAUCAUCCGGUAUAAUUCCGGCGCCGGGUUGUUUUAGUUAACGGCGAAUUUUAGGGUUUUUUUUUAGGUUUUUAUUUUCUGUUUGAAAUGUAUGAAUCAAAUCAAUCAAAAUCCGUCGACUUUACCACUAUUUUGAUGUUCUUUCUUGUUUGUUUUCAAUUUGGAUUUCAACAUCAUCAUGUUUUGUACAUAAAUAAGAAACAUUGAUAUUAAAUCAUUUUCCACCAUUAGA